AUGAAAUGCGUGGGAAUGUUUGUGGCAGCUGGACUAUUUUGGUUAUUUGUGCAUAACGAGAGCGAUUACAACCAGUGGCGUUACGCUUACUGGCUGCAAGGCAUUUGUCUCAUCGUUUAUCACUUUAUGGACUUUAUGGAUGUGGAAGAAUUUAUGAGAAUGCAACUAUUAUGGUUGCAAAAAUCUGUUAUCUCGGGAGUGAUGCGAUAUUGA